AUCUAAUUUAUUUUUAUUUAUUUUUCUCACAAAUGCAGCCAAUUUUUGCAAACUCACGUUGUUAAACUACUGUUAAAUCAUCAAAAAGAUUUUUAGUAAAAGGUUACGUAACGCGGCGUCGCACCACUAACUUUCCCAAGUUGAGUUGACCCUUCACUCACUUUUCACGUAAUUAAAAUUUCAAAUUAGUGUGUUAUUUUUCAAAAUUUACAUGUUUGCAACGUCAAAAACACAAUGUAUAAUGUAAAAGGGCCCAGCAAAAUUGUUGCCAAAACUACAAGACGAGGCAUUUCACAGAAAAUGGAUAAUAUCCGCGAAUAUACACGGAAUAAAUCGGUGGAGAAUGAAGACAAUGAACUGCCGGCGGUACCUAGACCAGUGUUUCACAACAAAAAAUCAGUCUCACAUCAGCUGCACAGACAGGAAGUUAUAUCACCACAACAUGAAGAAAUUAUAAAAUUUAUCAACGAUUCUUGGAACAAGGUUUGUGCAGAAAUAAGCCAAGAUUCUGAUGGUUGUGCUAGCCCUAAAAGUGAUCAGUCAAUUUAUUAUGAAGAUGAGCCUCUGAUUUUGGAGGGGUUUAAGCCAUUUGAUCUGGAAUCGUGGUGGGGCAAACGUCUUUAUGCAUGCAUUACUGGUUCAACAAAUGGGAAAAACUAAUUCUUCUGAAAGAGUCUCGUAGCUAGUCACAUUUUUUGUUAAAUCGUAUGUACAAAUAUUUUUGGCUCUUAAUUUUUAGGUGUAGUGUAGUUUCGACUUUUUUAAUUUUUUUUAUCAGGUUAUACGGUUUAAUUAGAUUUUAUGCCUUGUUAAUUGCGAAAAGCCUCUUUGUUACUAUUUUGCGAGGUUUUUUCAUUUUAAUUUUGUAAUAAUUACGAAAAAAUAAAAUGUGAUAUUUGUAAUAAUUUUUUGUUACCAUGAUUAUGCCACUUUCCGAUUUCUGCUUAAAAUAUUAAGUGAACUGUCAAUUUGUAUUCUUCAAUUGAUUGAUAAAUCAGUUUUUUGGAUUUAUUUUAAUGAUGUCAGGUGUAAUUGAAGAUGAUCGUAAAAAAUUUAAAGAACACGUUAAAGAGAUGGAACAGACUGUUCAAACGCUUGAAAACAAUCUAAAAGAAUCAAAUCAAAAUGAAAAAGAGCUGAUGCUUUCAGUGCAAAAUGAUCAGAUUAAAUACCAAGGAAUUAGUAACCAGCUAAAGGAAGCGCUCAAAGAGAACCAACAGCUUAUAAACAUCUUGCAACAAAAAACUAAUGAUCAGGACACUUCUCGUACUAAUUCUCAAGUUGAUUUGAGCUCGUCUUGUUCCACAAUGAGUAUAGUCCAUUUACAGUAUAAGUACGAAGAACUUUUGACUAACCACCACGGAUUGUUAAAACUUCUCGACAUAAAAAGCGAAGAAAUUAAAAAAGUGCAUGAAGAGAAUGUUCGUCUGAAAACAGAAAUUGAGCAACUCAGGCAAAAUCUCUUAGAAACUGAAGAAAACCUGGAAAAUCUUGAGUCGAAAUUUUACAGAAUGAAAGAAAAGAAAAACGAAAAGAUAAAUAAGUUAAAAGCGCACAAAGAGACUUUACAAAUGGUUCACAAUCAGUUGGUUAAUGUACUGGAUAAUCAGUGUAUGGAAAAAGAUAGUGUUAUGUCAGAUGAAAUCAAGAAUUGUCGAGAUUCUGAAAAGGCCUUAUUGUUACAAGAAAUACGCAAAAACAACAUGUUGGCUUAUGAAAAUUUCCAACUUAAUCAACAAGUGGAACUUCUACAAUCAGUUUUGCGUGCCCAAAAGAAAAAUGCUAAGUAGUUACUAGCUCCACUUAAAUGAAUGCUUUAUUUUGUACGAAAUAAAUGCUCGUAGCAAUUCA